GUAAUGUAUUGUAUAUCUGGUACUACACCUAAACUAAAAAUUCUGUAGCAGAAUUCAAAACUAUGCUCCGGUCCAGAAAGCCUGGUUCUGAAUAGAAAGGCAUACAUACUAAAAUCCGCAAUUCAAAAACCCGAUCUCAAAAUGGCCACUAAGGAGCAUCUUCUUCUGAAUUCAUCUUCAUCAUCGUCUUCGUCUUCUUCUUCUUUUGUGGUUUUUUUAGUUUGCAAUCUGCUGUUGUCUCAUGCAGUCAUCGCCAAACACCCCAUCUCCGACACUGAGGUUAGGCAGAAGAAGAACGAGUGCUAUGCUGAUAUUGAGAGGGGAUUGUGGGGAUGGAAAUGCAAGUCUUCAAUGAUAGCCAAGGAGAAUUGUGCUCUGCAAUGCCUUGCUCUGCCUUGUUACGAACUCAUUUAUGCAAGCGAUCCGCUCGAGGAAGGUGAGAAAGAUCUGGUUCGGAGCCAAGAGUUCAAGUACUGCAUGCACAAGCUAUCAUUGGGGGAGAGCCUUGAGGGCAUCAAGGGUUCCUUUGAAUAUUGAAGUAUUGUAUUGUGAUUUUGUUAUUAUACUCUGCCCUUCUGUCAUGUAUUGGGGAAGUGAAGCAUGAAUACAGGGGAAGUUGAGAUUGAAGUAAUUGGGAAAGGGGGAAGGAUAGAUCCCUGAUUCUUUGUAAGAGAGUAAUGGUGCGUUUGGAUUCUUGUAAUUUAUAAACAGUGUCAUUUCAUUCCUUGUAAUAGAAUAGCUGCUAUAAAUGGUGCAAUUGUAGUUGGUAUUAGUUAGUCA